UUGUUUGUUUCAUUCUCAUACCCAGCAUUACAAAAUGGACCUGCUGGCCCACCUACUUCCCUAUCACCUAGUCGAUCAGUUGAUUCGCAUCUUGCUCAGUUAUCACUUGAUUCAGCACCCUUGACGACUCCAGAUAGCCUUCGAUUUACCUCUUCUACAAGUUGGUCGUUAAACCAGUUGCAAAGCUCCAACGGUUUCCCGCUUCCUAUAACUGCGGCCAGUCAGCAUACUUCACUUACUUCAACCAGCACCUGUUCUCACCUAUCCUCGAACCAGGAUAUUCGAACUUCGACUUGCCGCCAGCCAAGACCAAGUUCUAGUUCAUCAGGUCGUUGCAUCUUGACAGAUACCAGCGUCUCAAUCUCGUCUAACCCAUCUGUUGAAGCUGCAGCCACUAUACCAUCUAUCGAUCUUGCUUCAUCGACUACUACCACUGUUCGUUCCAACACAGGAAGCAACUUUGUUCGUUGGAAUCUUACAGCCUACGCAAAUCGAACAGGCAGAAUUGGCAGCCAGGGUGCUGGAAGUACUAGUGGUGUUCGUCGGUUAAAACACUUGCUCACUCCGAUGCGUCGACAUUCUCCUGCUCGAAUCGUCGGUAUGUGCAAUCAACUGUCCAUCAAUCCCAGGUCUGACAAGAAUAUCGAGGUUGUUGAGCCUCUCGGGAAUUCUACCAACAUCACCACAUCUAACGCUGCUGGGCCAUCUAUUGUAUCGGGGCGUAGGCUCCGCAAAGUUCGACAUUUGAAUAAUAUUAUGCUUGUUCGACCAGGUAUAAGCCCUGCACAAGUCCUAGAUCGAUUGGCGCAAGCCUUGGCAACACAAGCAAUUCGAUUUACAUUAAAGGGGUCCGGCUUUCGUUGCAUCAUUACAAACGACUGGGGAAAAGAGAUGCUAUCAUUUGAAAUCGAAGUUGUACACUUCUCUCCUCGCUCUAUAAAUUCUUCAUCUAUUUCGAUUAAGACACAUUUUGCUCCCAUCAACAACAGUAACUCAGAUUCCGGUUCCACAGCAAAUCGACAUCCUUCUGAUGCUGCCCUUAUGUCAAAUACUGCUUGCUCUUGUUCAGAAGAUGGAUUCGGUCUACUUAACUCAUCUGCAUCCAGCGCCGGUUCGCGAUGUGCCAACUUUGAUUCUGAUCCUCCCUUGAACACUGGAUUCCAUGAAAAUGCCGUCACCUGUCAUAAUUUUUCUUCUGAUGUCAGUUUACAGGGCUUACGAGUUGGAGUCAAAACCAAGCGUGCUCAUGGUGAUGCUUUCACUUACGCUAGCAUCUGUCGAUCUCUGUUGGCUGAAGCGGACUUACGACCUUUGGAUAUUAAUUAA